UGCAGCGGAACUUUUCGGGACCAUGGUGCAGCUGUACAAUUUGCACCCGUUCGGGUCACAGCGAGUAGUGCCCUGCAAGCAAGAACCGUCGCACUUCUGCUGCGGCCAAGACGUGCUGUUCGUGGCCAGCACGGCGGCCAGCUGCAAGGUGGAGGUGUUCGCCGUGCACGAACAGGGCCGCUGCGAGGCCCUGGGCUCCUUCGCCACGCUGGGUCCGGUGCUGCGCAUGGCGCACAGCUCGACAGGAGACUAUCUGGUGACAAUUGAAGAAAAAAGCAAAGCAACUUUCCUAAGAGCAUAUAUGAACUGGAGAUGCAUGUCUGCAGGGAGUUCUCGCGUGUGUGUUCGGAUGGUUGGUCACAAGAUGGAAGAGUCAUACUGUGAAACCUUAAAAGAACAGAUGUCAGUUGUUGAAAUGCCACUUUCAGAUCCUCCACUGUGCAUUUCGUGUUGUCCUGUGAAUGGAGAUCUUCUUGUGGGCUGCAAGAAUAAACUAGUCAUGUUCUGUUUGAAAUACCGGGUCAUAAAUGAGAAUUUGACUGUGUUAGAUUUUGAACGCUCCUUAAUUUUGCACAUUAAUAACCUCAUUCCUGCUGAAGUUGCGUUUUGUGCCAGACAUAUAGCUGUAACAACAGAGCUGGAUGUUCUAAUGCUGAAACUGGAACUGGUCCAGCAGAGGGCAGACAGGACAGAGCAAUGUGCUCAGUCAGUCAGUGCACCAGAAAAGGCUGUGGAUGGAGGUGUGAAAGAUGAAAGUACUUCAACAGAUCCUUUACAGCUUGAAUUGGAUGAGUUCAUCAUAUGUCAGAAGCCAGUGGAACUGCUUGGGGAAGAAAGUAAGCUAUGUGAGAUACCCAUCACACUGGAAUCCACAGAGUUACCUACAGAAGACACAAAGCACUUCCAAGUGCGGUAUCUGCUUUUCAGACGUUUUGCACCCGACCAGUCGCCUUUUGGGUUUUGUGAAGAGACAAAGUUGCACUCUGUUCAACUGCUUCCUGUAUACCAGACAGGAAUUUCUACAACAGCCUAUGAGGAAACUGAGAACAAGAGAAAACUUCUGAGUCUCUUCUGCUUUUUCUCUUUACCUUAUGUUGGAUAUCUCUACUCCAUUGGAAAGUUAGUAGAGCUAAUUUCUACUUACCAAUAUUCAGAGAAGUCAGAGCAGGCAGUCCUCACUCCACAGUUCCUGCAUGUCAUUACAAGUCAGAGCCUGCAGUGCUUCACAGUGCGAUGCAGUGCAGCAGCAGCUCGUGGUGAGGAUCCCUAUAUCGACACGACUGUGAAGGCUUGUCCACCUGUCACACUCGAUGUCUGUACAUUAAGAAUGCAGCUUUUUAUAGGACCAAGAGCUAUCUGUCAUUUCAAAAACCAUAUAAUUCUUUUGACUAAGGCAGACACAGAAGAUAUUACUGAAAGAAGAAAGCCUACAAGAAGGAUGCUUUCCAGAAAGACUGAAAGCAUCAAAUCCAGAACAAAUUCUGAGUCAGAGCCUGGUUGGAAUUUAUAUAUUAUAAACACUGUUUCAACAAUUCAGCUUUACAGAGAAAUGGUAGAUUAUAGUAGAACUUACGAAAAUGUUAAAACUGAGAGCUGCAUCCAUCUUCUAAGUGAGGCUCACUUACUGGUCAGAGCAGCUAUGAUGGACCCUCAUUUCUUUAAAUCAGAUGAGAAGGAAGAUCUUCUAAAAGCAUUCAGAGAAAGUUGUGCCUUCUUAGGAGACUGCUACAGCAGGUUUGACACAAAGGAUUACCACCUUGCUUUGCCAUACUACAGAAUGUCAGGUUUAUCCAUGACUGAAGUUUUAAAGAGACUAGUUUCAGAAGGUGAUGAAAUGCAGACAUAUGCGAAAGGAUUUAUAUUUUACUUAACUCAUUCUCUUAAUGAAGACUCAAAUGAAGAAUUAAGUAAGGAAUCAGGAAAUAAAGUUCUCCAGAUAUUCUAUCUUGCGGACCCGGUGCAGCUGCCUCACAUCCUUUGCAGUCCCAGCAUGAGAAACAUAUGUCCUUUGAGAGCUGUGAAGUAUCUUCAGAAAGUAGAAAAGAUGAUGCCAUCAGCAGUCCUGACACUUACUAAGGCUUUCUUGGCUCUGAAAAUGGGAGACCUAACAAUGUAUGAACAGGAAAUGGACUCCUGUAAGGAGACAACACUGGCUUGUGGCUUCAUUGGGCAACCACGACUCCUGCAUCAGCGUAAGGAAGGAAUUGUUAUGCCAACUGAGUUUGCUGUUCACCUGAAGGAGAUGCAGCCUGGUUUAUUGGUGGCUGCCACUGUGGCUUUACAUGAGAACCGGAAAAUUGAACUAGAAGAAGCAGAUACCUUUUUCAAGAUGCUGUGUAAUAGUAGUGAAAACACUAUUCCCCAGCUCCUGGUAGAUUUCUGGGAAGCUCUUCUUGUAGUGUCGUCUCAGGAAGAAAUACUUCAGGAACUCCUAUUGAGGGUUACUUCUCAGUAUGUUUGGAGAAUAUCAAGGAAGCAGCUUCCCGAAACUAAGCCAUUGAAAACAACAGAGGAUCUAAUAAACUCCUGUCAUCAUUUUGGGUUGAUUGUCCCAUGGGUAACUUCUAUAAUGUCAGUGGGUUGUUCAUCUGACAAAGAUUACCAUGGAGACAUCUCAAGACUACAGUCUCUUUUAUGUAGUCAGUCAAUCAAUAUAGCAUCAGCUCUGCCUAUUUUGGAGCCCCUGACAGAAGCUGACAAUGUUGGCCUCACCAUCCGUGUCCUCAGCAGUACCCGUCUGGGCAAGUAUGAGGAAGCCAUCGACCAGCUUCUCAGAAGGUGUCCUGAUGCAGCUGUGUUCUACGCUCAGCAUGAGCUGAAAGGUGACAGUCAGGCUCUGUGGUGGAAGAAGCUGCUUCCUGAACUUUGCAAGAGAACUAGACUUACUGGAAAUGACUGCCCUGUUCUUAUUUCAUCACUCAAAGAAACUUUAUCAAUUGUUGCAAUGGAACUGGAGCUAAGGGAUUUCCUAAGUGUUCUACCAGAGGAUGGGACUGCAGGAUUUUUUCUGCCACAUCUUCUUCACUGCAGCCAGGGGAAGUUGCUGACCUAAAAUGAUGACCUGUGGAUCUGCUAUCCAUUCAACUCCAAAAAAUGUGCUGUAAUAAAAAAGUAAAUGCAACAAGCAGUAGAGCUCCUUAUUAGGUACUGUGGGACUCCCUUCACAUACAUCCUAUGUCAAGUACUGAAGGACAGCUUUUUCCUGAGGCAAAGCAUCUAUUUUGAAGCUAAUUCUGGUGCCAAAGCAGGUGGGGAAUACAGAUUCUGCAGUCCAACUGAACAUACAGUGUUCACUGAAAGUAAAGUUGAAGGUCAGUCUUAAAUCUUUGUUAGUUGGAUCGUGGACCUAGGGAGGAAUUCAGGCUCAGGCAUGUCUAUCUACGAGUAAAAGUGAGUACCUACUCUUCCAAGUGGAAUUGAGCCCAACUGACUGAUACUGCAAUACAGACAUUUCCUUGAAAUCUAGCUGGCAAAAUUGGGCUGCUGCUCUGUCAUCUUGGUUACAUACCCAGGCAAGUGUUACACUGAGAAUGUUUUAAUUUAGCAGUUCGCAAGAAAAGGCGAUUAAUCAAAAAGAAACAAGUGGAAGAUAUGGACUGUGGUUGGCUUGCUGGUCUUUGUUCUCUUUCUUCCAUUAUGCUUAGUCAGUAGACAGUAUUUGAAGUAUCACUAGGCCAUAAAUACAGCCAAAAACUCUUAUUUCUUCUAGGGUUUUUGAUAAGCAUCUCAGGUGCUUGUGUAUGUGCGUACUGAUGUUUGUUUGUCUUGGGAGCAGAAAGCGUCUUUUUGCUCCUUCAGAGCUGGAAUUCAGUCAUAAUAAGCUGUCACACAUAUUUAUAACUUUCUUAUGAAUGUAGUUUGGGGUUUUUUUGACAAUUACCAAAAAUACAAUGACUCCCAUGAUCCCAUUACCAUCUAAACCAUCUAAAGGCCUAAUUAGCUGACAGUGACUCCAUAAAAAUGUUUUCACUGGAGUUGCAAUGUUAUUUAAACCUGUAGAAGUCAGUCAGAAGAGAUCGUCUAUAUUUCAGCAAAAAUACAUUAACAAUAAAAAGAUAAAAGUAGUUUAACUUACAUAAGUAGUUUAACUUACUUACAUAGCAUUCCUGCUAUAUGUAAAAUGAAUGAUCUGAUUUACUGGUAGGUAUUAUGCUGGUUUCAGUAUAAUCUUUUAAAAAGACCGAAGUGAUUUAGGCUUGUUACAGAGAAGCAAUUUCACUCUUACAGUUAUAAAGCCCAGAUAUCUUGCUUUCCCUGUCUGCCCCAUACAUCUUUCUCAUUUAGCACAGAUCUAAUAUGAGGAGUUGGGUUGUUGAAACACAACCGUAUCACUCUUACUGUUCUCAUUUUUGACUAGCAUCAGCCAUCCUCUAUUACUGCUGCUUACAUCCUUCAGGAAACACUUCCUUUUUCCUUUGCCAAGGGCUGCAACAACAAAAUGGUUCCACUGCAGGAGUUACUUAAGAGUCAUCAGAGCAAAGCUCUUCAGUACCAUAGUCACCAAAUUUUGGCGUUCAUGGUCUGCUUUUCAUGAGGCUUAUUUCAGCCUAAUUUUGCCUUGGAAUUAUUUUCAUAACAGAAAACCAAAUAUUUUAAAUGCACAUUCUUGAAAGAUACUACUGAAUAAAAUUGUAAAGUAAUUCAACAGAAAUAAUAGAACUAUUUUGUUAACUGCUCAAUUAUACAAUACUGUGUAUCUUUUCAGAGUGAACCGAUGGAUAAAGUAAUAACCAAAUUCCUGUUUUCUAAGCAGUUACUACAGACAUACCUAUCUAGUAAAAUGUGACAGUAUGGUGACCAAUACCCCAAAUUUUGCCAUUAUUCAGGGUUAUUUGCAAACUUUAAAAAAAGUACAUUUCAUUAGUUCUUCCAUGUUCUUCAGCUCCUAAAUAACAUGCAUUAGCCAUCACCUAGAAUAUUGCAAGAUACUGUUUUUAUUUAUAGAAACAUAUAUUUAUAAGCUGUUACAUCCAUUCAGCUGUGUUAGCCUGUGGUUCUUUUCUUAGCCAUGGCCACUAUGUGAAAUCUUCCAAAACCUGUAGAGAUGAGUGGUCUAGAAGAGAGUAUUUUCCAAGAAAUGAAGGUGGACCUUGGAGGAUCACUCUGUUAAAAUUCUUUUAUCAUUCUUGAGUGCCUGUCAUGCCUUUACAGUUGAACAGAUUGAAUAAUCUUGGGAGCAGAGACUGUUUGACUGGAGGGGGAAAAAAAAAGCUUUUUGUUACAUUUCAUCAAAAGAACUGUCUGUGCAUGCGGCCAACAGAGUCCGAAACUAACAGAGGAUCUGAGUACCUUCUGAACAUUGUGAGUUAGGUUUAAGAACAAUAGUGCACUUAAGGGUACAUUUUAAUGCCAUCUAGAUGCCUAAUAAUAAAAAAAACAACAUACUGCUAGUCAAAGUUGAAA